AGGUGAUGCUGUUCUGACUGAAUGUGUAUUUCUACUCGUAGCAUGUAGUUCCGUAUACGCUUGACUUGGUGACUAAAAUAUUACAUUCAGUUUCAGUGGUUUGUGUGGUUAUGAGUGUGUCGGUGUUAUUUUUUUUAUAUCAUUAGGUUUGACGUUAGGCUAAUUUUAUCCAGCAUCAUCAUUUCAAAAUCGACUCCGCAGUGAAAAGGAACACCUGCAGUUAAAUAGUGUUGUGUGAUGUAAGUGUGACAUAUUAUAUUAAUACCAACAAAUAAUAAUAGCACGUGAGAAAAAAAUCGAAUUUGAAAAAAGUGCGACGUUUCGAAUUCCGCGUAAUAUAAAUUUUCGGUUGAGUACUGUUUUGUUGUGCUACACAAAUGUUAAAAACGUAAUUUUCGUAAUUAUAUCGUAAUUAUAUCUUGAUUUAUCAAAAUCGACAUGUGACAAGGCUUAUCUGCUACACAAUGGAGGUGAAUAGUUGAACGGGUUGGAAAAUACGAGUACACAGAAGCGCGCACAAAGACAGUUAUUGAAUGGUGUUCAUACCAAAUAUGUGCAAAUGUUGUCAGAGUAUUUUGCAUAACACCAACAGAAAAAAAGCUCAUUUUGGCGCCCGCCUGUGCAGUGCAUCCCUUGCAGGCCCGUUAUCGCCGGCCCUGAGUACCGGUAAUCAUAUCGAGAAUCGUAUUUCUCAUUGCCUGGAAUCAUGUUAUUGGCAUUUUAUAGAAGAACGGUUUUGCUUCGACGAAAGCAUAGCCAAUUAUCAGGAACCAAUUACAAAAGACGAAAAAAACAAUAACUUUUGCGACAAUAUGGCGUUUUACGAUAGCGUAUCUGUGAUAGCUGGAAGGGCAAUAGUAACAAUAGAUCCCCUACCGGAAAAAAAAGAUAAAUCUCCCAUCAUCGUACAGCCCACAAGAAGAAAUACCAUAAUACAGAAAAGCAAAAGUCAUUCUUCUAUACCAAAUAUUCCUUCAGUAGUUCUGGAUCCGCACUAUGAAGAAAGAGGAUACGAUUCUCUUGGAAGUGAUACGACCCACUUAAACCCACUAGAACCGGAGUUCCAGGACAAUUCCGCAGCUGUUAAAAAGACUGUCAGCUUUGGAGAUAUCACAGACACGAAACUGGAAAAUACAAUAGCUACUACUACAGCACAAUCAGAAAAUACAUUCCUAUCUCCCCCACCAGUAAUGGGUGUUCCCCGGAAAUCUCUUAUGGAAAGGCGACAAUCUCGAAGUUUACAUUUAAAAAUCAAUUAUCCCAAAGAGGUUCCAAUAAUUAGACAAAGUUCAGUGCCGAAAUUCUUCCUGGACACACCGGAAAACAACCAGCAGGAUUCGGUGUUGGUGAAAAGUCCGUUGGCAGCUCUACAAAGUCCCAUGGUCUGCAAUGAUAAAUUCUGCUAUGACCUAAAGUCGGUAGUUCACAUGGAAAGCGAGAAACUUAAGCAAGCUGAACAGGCCAGAAAGAUCCAUCCGUUAGUGCAUCGAGUAUCGUCGUCAUCGAGACUAGCUGGCAUUAAAGACAGAAUUAAACUAACAAAAAGCAAAAGCACACUUAGUUCUAGUAAUAUACCACAUAGCCAUCAUAUAUAGUUCACAUCAUAAUAAAAAUAUUUUGUUAAAACAUUAAAAUCUUUAAUACACUGCAUCAUGACUAGGAUGACCAGGUAUACUCGAUUUCCUAUCAUACGCCAGUCAAUGGGAGCAAGAAUAGGAUAUUACCUCCGAAUUUUAUCCUACUGCAUGGAUUUUAAUGAAAUUUUGGGCCUAGCCUCUACUUAUCUCCUAAUUCAAAGUCUACCCUAUGCCGAUGUGUGCUUUUAUCUUAGGGGUGGUUCCCACCCCUUCUGAGGGGUGGAAAAUUUUCUGGUUAAAAUUACCACUGAAUUCGCGGGAGAACCUAAUUCUAAGCAAAAACUGCUCUAUAAUUUUUUUUUGAAAACUCAAUACUUUUUAAGUUAUUCGUGGUUGAAAAUUGGCCAUUUUCAUUGAAACGUAAUACCUUUUCGAACGGUUUUUUGCGAAUACCUUAAAAACUAUGCAUCUAACUAAAAAAACCUAUAUUAAACAUUUUUGUAGGUUAUAAAAAAACAAAGAGACACUUGCCUUCAUAAAUCUUCUAGUUAUAUAAUACAAUAAAAAAAUUUGAAAAAAAAAAAUUUUUAAGAAACGCUUUUCUUUAGUUACGAGUGACUAAAAUUAAAAAUAUUAUAAAAAAAUCAACUAAAAAGCAAAAAAUAAAAAAAAAAUUGAAAAAAUCUAACACAUUCGUCAAAGAAAAGCGUGGCGCGUGUUCAUCGAAUAAACGAUUUUCGCCCCACGCUUUUCUUUAACGAAUGUGUUAGAUUUUUCAAUUUUUUUUAUUUUUUGGUUUUUGGUUGAUUUUUUUAUAAUAUUUUUAAUAUUUUUAAUUUUAGUCACUCGUAACCAAAGAAAAGCGUUUCUUAAAAACAAUUUUUUUUCAUAUUUUUUAUUUUUUACUUUUUAGUCUUACACUUUUCAAAAAUUAAAAUAUAUCGUCAUGUUUAUUAAAAUAUGAAAUGUAUAAAACAUAUGAUGUACUAACAUGAAAAGUAGUCGGAAUCGGCAAAAAAUUUAAAACUUUAUUGUUUAUUAAUGAAGCAUAACGUAAACAAUUAACGUAGAAAGUGAAAUUACGUAUUAUUCAUAUCAUUAGCUAUACAAUCCGUAAAAGUUUCAAGUUUUUACAUUUUAAAAAACAAGAGAAUUUAAGCGUUUCCAAUAAAAUCGUCUUUUUUUUUAUUUAAACAAUAAACAUGAAAAAAAAAUUUAUUGACUAUUCGUGUAUUGUUCCCGCGAAUGCAUGUGUCUGCAAAUUUUCAUUCAUUUGCAUUAAAGAAAAGGCAGCCAAAUUAACGUCUAAAGAUUUGACGCAAACUAUUGAACUAAAUAAAAGCGUUUAAAAAGAGAUAUUUAUUAUCGUAGGUGAAAAUAGUUUGUUUUUUGGUACAUUCCCAAAUUGGUGUAUUCAACUUGAAAUAACAGAGAAACGGUCGAUUUUAGGUGUAUAAUGUACAUUACUCAUUACCUUUUGUAGUGCUUGAAAAGGCGUUUAAAGUGAGCUAUGUUAAAGGCCCAUUACAUUAAAACUAAGCGAGAUAUGCUGAAAACAAAAUUGAUAACUAAUGUGUUUUAAGAAAAAAUGAGAAGUAAUUGUAACGCCCCAUCCAACAAAAUGUAAAUGCAUCGUUUUUCUUCUACAAUACCUCUUAUUAUAGUGUUAUAUAUAUGUUCAAAUAGUAAGACGUGUUUAAAGUGAAUGGUUUUUUGAAAAAAAAAAAUAGAUCAAAUUAUAGAGCGCAUUUUUAAAUUUUCUUAAAAAUCUUCCUUUUUCGCCAUGUAACUUGAAAAUGAUAAGAGGUACAGUAAUAAAAAAUAAAAAGGAAGUUUUUAACUGAAAAACCCUACAUUUUUGUGUGGUAUCUUUUUUUCGUAUCUCUCAUCAUUUUUGAGUUACAUGGAGAAACAGAAGAUUUUUAAGAAAAUUUAAAAAUGCGCUCUAUAAUUUGAUCUUAUUUUUUUCAAAAACUAUUCAUUUUAAACCAGUCGAACUUGUCGAACAUAGAAAUAACACUAUAAUAAAAAGUAUUAUAGAAGAAAAACGAUGUAUUUAAAUUCUGAUGGAUGAGGUGUUAAAUAUACUUCUCAUUUCUUCUUAAAAUACAUUAGUCAUCAACUUUUUUGCAGUAUAUCUCGCUUAGUUUGUAUGUAAUCGACAUUUAGUAUUGCUCAUUUUAAAGGUCUUUUCAAGCCGUACAAAAGUUAUUUGUAUCAUUAUACACCUAAAAUCGACCGUUUCUCUGUUAUUUCAAGUUGAAUACACUGAUUUGAGCAUGCAGCAAAAAAACAAACAUUUCUUACCUACCAUAUCCCUCUUUGUAUUUUAAGUAGAAGAUUGAUGAAGGGACGAAUCUCUUUGUUUUUUUAUAACCUAGAGAAAUAUUUAUAUAGUUUUUUUGUAAGAUGCAUAGUUUUUAAGGUAUCCGCAAAAAUCCGUCCGAAAAGGUGUCAUUUUUCAAUGAAAAUAGCUAAUUUUCAACCACGAAUAACUCAAAAAGUAUUGAGUUUUCAAAAAAUAAUGAUAGAACAGUUUUUGCUUAAAAUUAGGUUCUCUAGCCUCUUUCGUGGCUAUUUUAACCAAAACAUUUUUCACCCCCGAGAACGGGUCGGAACCACCCCCAAGAUAAAAGCGCACGUCGGCAUAGGUUAGACUUUUUUUCCUGAGCUAUUCCCUACUUACUGUGAAAAUAUCAAGUAAAUCGAUGUAGUAGGAUGGAAUUCGGAGCCAAACACCCUCAUUUGCUGCCCUAUCAAUCCCAUACUAGUUUUGCCACUGGUUAGUUUUGUAAGUAAGUUUCUUCUUCUUAUUGCGCCGUCUCCUUUCGAAGAUUCGCGUUCCAAAUACCAAUUGUAGCUUUGAAAACUUGUGCACGAAAGAUUUCUGCAGAUAAGAGGUCCAACCAUCCCUCAGGUUAUUCAGCCACGAGUUCUGACAUCUGCCUACUGAUCUUUUGCCUUGUACUUUACCUGCGAAUAUGACUCGAAGUAUAAGGACGUAUGUUUUUAGAAAUCUGGGCCUUCUUCUUCUUUAGGUGUCUUAUUCGUUACGAAUCUUGUCUAUUAACAUAGCAAUUCCGAUCAGGGUUACGGCAUUUCUGAAGAGUUCAACCGAUGUUAAUAGUUCGGCCGAUGAACCGCUUCCACAGAUUUAUAAGCCAAGAGUGUCGUUUUCCUCCCGGCUCUUGUUUGCUGUCUAUUUUUCUCUGGAUAAUCAACUGAAAUUGAUGGUAUGGUGCUAAAUAGAUAUUCAAGUUUCCUUUAUUUCUUUGCGAUCACGAUUUUUCGCUCUUUUCCAAUUCUGUGGAUUACCUUCAUAUUACUUUUAUAUACGAAAUAUUUAAUGAACCAGACGUCGUAACAUUUCCAAAAUUUUGUUGCAUGUUAUUGAAUAUCAGACAAUACAAUUUCUAAAAAAACUAACUACAGGAACACCUGUAGGAAGAAGAAGCGCAGGAGGAUCUCGAAUUAGGUGAUAAAAUGCCAACUUUCUGAUAUUAAAAAUCAAAUGACAACAGGUCGCUAGAAACCCAAAAGAAUGACCACUAAUUUCGGGACAAGUCAGUAUAUCCACAAAGAAUUGUCCAACCAAAGAUGAUGACGACUGCUGUACAUCUUAGUUUUAACCAUACUGUAGAGAAAAAAUUAAAAUAUAGUCCAUAAAGAUACCCGAAAAUGUUUUUAAAGUUAAUCUAGAUAAGGAACAGAAAAGUCCUGAUGAAGACAAACUAACGCGUAAAAUGUUAUAAUGGAGGGGAGCUCAUAUUUAGAAGAGGGUGACGAUAUAUAAUAUGGCUUAUAAAGUAUCUCUACUAAAAUCACAACCAAGAUGCACCAGAAAUAAGCAAACCAAGACACUUUGAAUGUUACUAGGAACACUUCCGAAUCAUGAUUUGUAAUGUAUAACCUUUAUAUAUCAUGAUUUGGGAUUUACAAUUUAUAUUCAUUGUCAAUUAUGAUUCGAAAGUGCUCCUCGUAGCAUUUAACGUGUCUUAGUUUAUUUAUUUCUAGUGCAUCUUGAUCGUGAUUUAAGUAUAAAUGAGUAGAACUUUCAAAGAACUUUCACAACUACCGAAAUGAUCUUGCUACGCAAAAUAGGAGACAGGUAAAACAUGUAAAAUUAUUGCCCCAUCAGUUAACUGUUAAAUUUAUUUAAAUAUUUAGAACUCUAAUCUCUAACAAGACUAGGUGAGUUUUCGAUUACCAGUUUUCGUAGUACUGCUUACCAACGUUAACAAUUUACUAAACAAUUGACAAAAGUGGUUUUUAGUGUAUGUAUGGUUGCCUAAAAUAGGUUACCUCAGUUACUGCCGGUUUCACAAAGUAAAACAGAGGUUACCCCAAUAUAUUAUUAUUAUAAUGGGGGAAGGGAACCUCUGGUUAUCUCUUAACCACAAGCUAACUUUACUUUGUGAAACCGGCCGUUAGGGAUAAGAAGGAGGUUGGUUACUAUUAUCCUGGUCAAUAACUGAACGAACCAAAAAUGUUACAAAGUACUUGUUAAGCCAGAUAUAAUAAUAAAUUUAUAAAAUAAAACAACUAUUUAUAAAAGAACCACGCUAAACAGUUAUAUACUUGGGUAGAUAAGCAGAAAAAUUACGACUUUGGAAAAAUUUCUUUUCUCUUUUUAAAGCCCUGAUUAAUUCGAGAAUCGACUUCAAGCAUUCAAGUUUUUUCGAAUACGUUUACAAAAAUUCUACUAGGUAUGUUACGGUUAAUGCAGAUAACGGAAUAUACAAAAUUAUCCUCGAUAUAGGUGAAUAUUAGCGAGACUAGGAUACUAUUAGAAUUAGGUAAAUCGUGCAUCCAAGUAUUAAAUUUAAAUUCGGUUCUUUAGAAAAUGUACAAAGAAGGUGUUACGGAAAAGGUAUCUUAAUAUUUUCUACAUUAGGCCAGGGUAAUAAGACAAAAAUAUACCCUGUUCGUGACACUUCAGCAGCCAGGGUACUGAAGCGUUUUUUCGAUAGGUAAUACCUAUAGGAACAAAUUAUAACUAUUUCCUGCGUAGGAUCUGGCGGCCAUUUUUAUUUAUAAACAAUUAACUGUCAAAAAAUGGCAUUUUCCCUUUUUUUUUUCAAAUCAACGAAAAACAGUGAAUCUUAUGAAUUUUUUAGUACAAAUAUAUUCGAGAUUAUGGAAAAAUCUUUAAAAUGACGUAUUACAAAGUUUGAUAUACUCAUUUAUUGUUAAUAUAAUUGCGAAAAAAUUUAGGAAUUGCAAAAAAAUAUUUUCUCAAUAACUGUUGUAAAAAUUAGUGUACAGCUUUGAAAUUUUUGUCAAAUGAGGGUUCUUUGGUGCUUAAUAUGUGAUAAAAAUUUCAAAGCAAUUCAUUUAAUUGUUUAAAUUUUAUUCAAAUUGUUUAUCCCAGAGACCAUUUUUUUGCAAUAACAUAAGUCAGAAAAAAAUGACCUUAGAACCAUUCCACCGGUGUCAAAUGAAAGAGCAUGAGCUACAUUUUCAACAUGGUUUAGAAAAGUGAAUAAAAAAUGCAUUUAUUAGUAAUAAAUAAUUAUGCAAAAGGAUCGUCAAUUUUUCUUUAUUAACUUUUUGAAUAACUUUUUCCAAAAAAAUUAACUUUUUUACCCUGUUUUAAGUGCACAACUACCAAGUAAUGUUAUCUAUAUCAUAAUUGAUAAAAAAUUGUAAUAAAUAUGUAUAAUUUCUGAUAUUAUCAAAAUAUAAAAUUUAUAAGGAAAGAUUUACGAUACUUUUGCAUAAUUAUUUAUUACUAAUAAAUGCAUUUUUUAAUCACUUUUUUUAAACCAAGUUGAAAAUAUAACUCAUGCUCUUUCAUUUGACACCUGUGGAAUGAUUCUAACGUCAUUUUUUUCUGACUUAUGUUAUUGCAAAAAAAAUGCUCUCUUGGAUAAACAAUUUGAAUAAAAUUUAAAGAAUUGAAUUAUCGCUUUGAAAUUUUUAUCACAUAUUAAUCACCACAUAACCCUUAUUUGAGAAAAAUUUCAAAGCUGUACACUAAUUUUUACAACAGUUAUGGCGAAAAUUAUUUUUUUUUCAAUUCCGAUCUUUUUUCGCAAUUAUAUUAACAAUAAAAGAGUAUAUCAAACUUUGUGAUACGUCAUUUUAAAGGUUUUUGCAUAAUCUCGAAGAUAUUUGUACUAAAAAAGCCAUAAGUUUCCCGGUUUCCCAUUGAUUUGAAAAAUAAAGUGAAAAAUGCCAUUUUUUGACACUUAAUUGUUUAUAAAUAAAAAUGGCCGCCAGAUCCUACGCAGGAAAUAUGGGCCAUUCCACGAACAUACGCCUGUUUUAGAUUACUUCGACAACGAAUAUUUUACUGUGCAACAUAAGAAGUACGAAAGUAAAUGGCGCUAAUAAUUAUUCCAAUAAACAACAAUAUAAUUUGCAAUUUACUUUCGUUCUUCUUAUUUUGCACAGUAAAAUAUUCGUUGUCGAAGUAAUCCAAAACAGGCGUAUGUUCGUGGAAUAGGGUAUAGUUACAAUUUGCUCUUAUAGGUAUUACCUGUCGAAAAAAGUACCCUGUUCAGUACCCUGGCUGUUCAAGUGUCAUGAAAAAAACCUUAUUACCCUGGACUACAUUGGACACAAGAGAUGGGACAGCUUUUACCAAACUGGGUUCAUAAAGUACGUUCUGAGUUCAAACGCGUAAAUACUCAAGUCUCCCCGUUAAAUUAAAACAAAGAUUGUUUGACUGGUAUAGGUAUCUUGCUAGUUUUUAUAUCAGACGUCGACAAAAUAUAACUCGUAAAUUAAAUGUUGCGAGGAAGAAUAAUAUACUUAUUCAGUGGAGACUGUGGAUCCGCAAACAAACACGAAAGAGAGUUCAAAUUAUAAUCUAAAAACACACUGGCGUAAAAUGGAUACAAACUGUCUAUAAUAGAAAGACAUGGAAGAAAGAAGUAGAGGCCUUUAUUUUUAGUAAUUUAUCUUUAUCUUGGAAGGUAUUAUCUUAAAAUCUAAGUGAUAGCCUCUGAGCCAUUUUCCUGCUUUGUUUAUUAAAUCAUGUCCUAUUGUUGUCCUACAAGAAGCUACAGAAUUGAUGAUCAUUACCGCCAGAACAUGGCACACUGGGAGAAGGUCUACUUCUAAGGCAAGGGAGAAGAAGUGAGACUACGCGAUCCACUAUCCCGAAAUAAAGUUCGUAUACUUCGUCAAAUCUUGGUCAGAGGCCAGCCCUAGAACUUUGUGGAGUGAUCUGAGGAAUGUUCCUGUAGUGGUAACUCUCUUGUCCGUUAUAGACUUAAAUCUUCAUGGUAAGCAUUCCAAUUAUUGUUGCCGCCGCACCACAGCGUGAGGGCAAAGUUGGCCUUCGGGCAUCAUUUUUUAUUAUUCCGUCUACCAUACGUUUAAUUUGGUCAUUAAUAAAUUAACAAUGUUCUACUACAGCAUCAAAUUGAGCAUGCCCUGCCAUUACAUUGACUCUUAGUGCGUUUUUCGAUACUAAACCAAUCCACACAAUAAAAAUCAGUGAGCGGAGUAAAAUUCCUUUCUCAUAUCAAUCUUGAUAAAAGUACAAUCUUUUAAUGAUUAUAAAAUAGACUAUGUAAAAUCAAUUAUCAAUCUGUUAGAACCAUUUUUGUAAAAAUAAUAUAAAAAUACAAGAAAAGUUUGUUGUGAUUAUGGUUCAACAUUACUGUGCUUUCAGCAAGUAAAUACUAAGGUUAUUAUUAAAAAAUUGUGGAUGGGGGAGGUGUAGUUAAAAACGGAGUAAAAUUCCUUUCUCAUAACAUCUUGAUACAAGUACAUUCUUUUAAUGAUAACAAAUUUAUAGACUAUGUAAAAUCAACUGAUCAAUACAUUAGAAGUUCCAUAUUUGUAAAAAUAAUGUAAAAUUAAAGAAAAGUUUGUUGUGAUUAUGGUUCAACAUUACUGUGCUUUCAGCAAGUAAAUACUAAGGUUAUUAAACAAUUGUAGGUGGCGGAGGGAGAGUAAAAAUGAUUAAUAUAGAAUAAAAGACAAUAAUAUUAUUUCCUUCGCCAUUCUAAACAGACUAUGACUUGCACGAUUUCCCAGCAAAUGAUCACCUCCCCUGAAAUAACUGAAGAGAUAAGUGGAUAAAGGUCAUAUGUCACAUUUUUUGAGAACAUUGUUAUAUUAGCUUUUUGUUCUUGUAAUGUGCUGUUUAACCUGUUAAAAUUUAAAAAUUACCUAUUUUUAGCAAAAUAAAAAUAACAGGAAGGUAUUAAAGCAAUAUGUCACACAAUGAUUUCCGAAAUGUGGUGGAUAAAGGUAUUAUGUCCAACAUUGCGUUUGGACAUCAUACCUUUAUCCACGUCAAAUUUGUAAAUAUGGAGAAUUUUCUAAUACUUACUAUUUGGUUAAAGGUAAUAUGUCCAUAAAAUUUGAAAUAUUUGACUUUAGGUAUUUUUUUUAAAUUUAAUUUAAAGCGUAAAAAAGUACCUUUAGAUACCUGUUUAAAAAAGUAUAGCAAUGCAAAUUUAUAAAACAAAUAAUUAACUUGGAACAAAGGACACUAAAAUGCUCAUUACUCAAAAACAUUAUUUUGUGACAUAUGACCUUUAUCCACUUAUGUCUUCAACUGUCUCGACGAUAAAAACACGCGUUAGUGCUAUACUGGGUGGUGAAUCAUCAAACGGGCCAUAGGAAAUUCAAUGUAAAAUUCUAAACUGUUGAAUUACUUCUUCCCUAAAUAUUUUACAUCAAAAGUCAUGAGAACAUAUUUGUAGAGGAUUGAAAUCUGUAUUAAAAAAAAGUUAAAAUGGUUUACGAUUUAAACACAUUCCAAAAUUUUGAAAAAUAUAACACAUUUGCCACAGUAAGUAUGUAUGUAAACGUUAGGCCACACGUUAAUGUUUAACUGACAGUGCGCACACUAUUGACUGAAUAAAACAUCUUUAUUAUUAAUACUUUCUCCUCAACUGAGGGUAUCUUAUUAACUUUAUUGUUUUUUAAACAAUAAAUGAUAAUAUAAAAAUACUGACAGUUUAAAUAUGGUUAAUAUAAUUAAUUGUGACCGCCCGCAACCAUUAUACACAUUAUUGCACUGUGUGUGGCCUAACGUUGGCGUGAUACUCUGAAAAAUGAAUUACAUUUUUACAAAAUUUUGGAAUAUGUGUAAUUCGUAGAACAAUUUUAACAGUAGUUUUCAAUACAGAUUUCAUUCCUCUACAAAUAGUUUCUGAUGUCUUUUGAUGUUUUUGAAUUUUGCAUUGAGUUUCCUAUGGCUAGUUUUCCAAUUAACCAUUCGGAAUAUAGCUGAUUCUUACACUCACCGGCUCGAAACACGGCACCCUGAUAAUUUCUGACGAUUGACCUGUUCUUUUUUUCUGUUUUUUUUUUUCAAAUUUGAGAAGCCUUUAACACGAUUUACCAGAAAUUACUAAAGAUAGUUUUUGAAAUCUCUUGUAAAUUGAAAUUUUCCAGAUAUUGUUAGAAAAUCUCAACCAUAUUAAAGUUGUCGUCUUUCCCUUACUUUAAUGUUACAAGGAGGCUACGUACGUUCUAUUGUUUGUACCAUUUAUGUUUAGUGAUGUCAAAAGUGUUUAAUAUUAUCGUGAUUGUAUCUGUAUCAAUUAUUGGCAAUUUCAGUAUGUCUUUGAGUGCAGAAAUUUUUGCAUUUAUUGUUACUCCCAUUCAGGAGAGAAGAAGUCAAGAUAACGUAGCUAACAGAUUUCACACAUAGUGUACAACGUGUUUUUACACGUUUUAUAGAGACAGAAAUAUAUCCUCAGAGAAGAACUUCUCAUCGGGACGACCGUUUUAUAGCAUCUUCAGUACUACCAAACUGUCAUGCAACUGCUAGAUGUUAGAAAUAGUCUUCAUCAUGUCAGAAUCGUAAAUGUUGGUGGACUAACCAUUACAAGACAGUUAAAUGAAGUUAAUUUGUGAGAUAGCUAUGAAAAAUGUAUUGUUUCCCAUGAAUCCAGAUUUUGUCUACGUUUGCUUAGAAGAGUCUGGAGAAGAGAUGGUGAACGAUAUACCAAGUGCACCUUUAACCCUAGAGUAAGUUUUCAAGGUGGUUCAGGUAUGGUAUGGGCUGGUACAUCUUCAGAAGGCCUACAGAAUUGUACGUUGUCAUUAGGGGUGCUGAUAAGCACAUAAAUGAGAUACUGCAAGAUUAUGUUAUUCCAUUUGCCCCAUUUAUUGGAGAAAACCUGAUAUCUAAAAUGAGGCGCUCAGAGCAAAAAUGGCCUAAGCCACAAAUUGAGCAUUUUUAGGUUAUUAUAUCAAUAAAUACAGCAACAUUAAAUCUUCGGAUUAACGAGGGUCUACACAACCUACCUCUAUAUUUGGCAAAAUAAGCACAAUGUAAAUACGAAUGCAACGAUUGCAUUUAUCUCAAAACUUCGUUUUUGGGGUUACGCCACUGUUGCUCUGAGCGCCUCAAAGGCACGUAAUCAUACUGCCCGCAUUGUUAGAGAAUACUUAAAUGCAGUUGAUAUAAUGACUCUAUAGUAUGGCCAGCCUACAAUCCCGAUUUAAAUUCCAUCGAGAAUAUUUGGGACAGCCUUAUCUGAUAUAAAAAAAAAUCAUCUUUUUUAAUUAUAAGCAAAUGUUUUUCAGUUUUUGAAAAGUAUUGGCUUUAAGAAAUUAGGUGUACUUUUCGUGUUCUACAUAUGAUAUAUUGAAGGUAUUCUAUUUUAUUGUCUUACUACAUCUUAUAUAAGAUUAAAAUGUUUUUUAAAAAUAUGCAUGUAUUACUUAUGAAAGUGUUAUACUUAUGCUUUUUAACUGAUUAGAUGAUAAGAUAAUUUACGUGAUGUCUAAUGUACAAUAGCUAAAUGUACACUAGACCAGAAAAUCGUGUUGCCCAUUUUGUAUAUAUUAUUGUUAGUAAGGAUAUCACAUAUCACUUAUUAUAUUAUUAUUUAUAUUGUAAAUAUAUAAUAAAUUAAAUAAAACCUGUUACUUUAUUUCAACU